AUUUUGUAAAUAUAAACACAUGCCUUGCUGAUUUGUUAGAUAUUUUCUUUUUAUAAUUAAUUUGAACUACUAAUUAAUCUACAAUGGCAGAAGAAUUCAAAUCAUUGCACCCCUUAAAAUACUACAGAGACUAUUACUCGCACGAUAUCAGACCGGACGGUAGAGAAUUCACCGAUUUCAGGCCUGUAAUAGUAAAUGUAGACUCUAUUAAAACUGCAAACGGAUCGGCUGUAGUUAAAAUCGGCCGGACUACCGUAAUUUGCGGCGUUAAAGCGGAAUUGUGCAAACCCAAACCCGACCUACCCAGACAAGGAUUUCUGCUGCCCAACUUGGAAUUGCCAGCCCUUUGUUCGUCGAAAUUUAAGUCGGGCCCUCCCAGUCAUGAAGCGCAAGCUUUAACUCAACUUAUAGCUGAUAUAAUUGAAAAUUCAAAGUGUAUUAAUUUAGAGGACUUAUGUAUACUUACUGAUAAACUAGCAUGGGUUUUGUAUGCAGAUUUGAUUUGUUUGGACUAUGAUGGUUCACUAGUUGACGCUUGUAUGAUUGCUCUUAUUUCAUGUUUAAAAUCAGUCAAGUUGCCAGAAAUUGAUUACGACCCUGCUUUGGAUAUUAAACAAGUGAAUAUUGAAAAUAUGAGGCCUUUAAAGGUUCACUUUACACCUGUUGCUACAACUUUUGCUGUAUUUGAUGAUAAAAUAAUCCUUGCUGAUCCAGUAAUUGAAGAAGAAAAUUUGUGUACGGGUGUUUUAACUAUUGUAGUUAGUGGAGAUGAACUUUGUUGUGUUCAUAAGCCAGGUGGCAGCCCUCUUUCUGAAGAAGAAUUAAUGGAUUGCAUUGAAAAGAGUAAAAAACGGGCUAAAAGUAUCAAAAAGUUGAUUGAUAAGGCUGUUAGGGAAGAAAAUAAAUAAAAAUAAGAUUCUUUUGCACAUAUUGGCGACAGUGCUUUUAUUUAAACCUUGAAUUUGAU